AUGUCCAACAACGAAAAUGAUGCUAUUGAAAUUGAUUUAAUGGAAGACGAUGAUGAAGAAGACGAAGAAGAAGAAGAGGAAAUAAAAAUUGCCAAUAAUGAGGAGAUAAUCCUUUCCGAUGAUGAAGAGGAAGACGAUGAUGACGAUAUGGAGGAUGAAGACGCAAAGUUUAUAGUAGAGGAAACAGCAGAAGGCAUACCGGAACAAAUCCAAGAUCCGAUGAUGGUUGUUGCAGAUUUAUUGAAUGAAGAACAAACAGACCUUCAAAAGGAUAAUGAAGAAACAGAAGUGGAAACUGAAACUAAUCAACCUCAAACCGAAACUAAGUCAUUGAGUCUUGCUGCUCAAGUAGCUGUUUAUUUGAAAGGAACGCAAAAUAUUGUAGUUGAAAAAGAAGAGUCAAUUGCAAAAAGUAUAUAUUGCACUGCUCUGUCUUAUCAUUCUAAACGUGAUUAUGAUAGAGCCAUCGAUUAUUAUUUCAAAGUUUUGAAACGUGAAUUCGUGGAUCAAGCUCUUGUAGAUCCGUUACAAAAAGAAUUUUUUGAAAUCAAACAAAACACAUUCAUUUAUUUGAAAUAUUUGUCUCUUAAAAACCUUGGAGCUAUUUUCCUUGCCAAGAAGAAUUAUUCAGAUGCAUCAAUUUCCCUUGCAAAAGCUCUCACUAUUGAAGAUAAGGAUACGUCCUUAUGGUAUGAUUAUGGUGUGGCUUGUUUUAAAAAUAAUGAUCAUGCAGCUGCCAAAUUAGCACUGGAAAAAACUAUAAUACUCAAUCCUAAUCACUACCCAGCCUUUAACUUGCUUUUAGAGUUGUCAUACAUUGUUGGUGAUAUUGAGGGAUGUGAUUCUGUUUCCAAAGAUAUUUUGAAAUUAAGCAGUGACCACAAGGUAGCCAAUUUUGUUCAAAAAGAAAUUCACCCAAGCCCAUAUCAUCUGCUUUUCUUUCAAAACACAGCUCUAAGCAAUUCUCUCUAUAAGGGAUGGUGUAAUUAUUGUAUACCCGAAGAUGAGAAAGAUGAAACACACAAAUGCCUUGUUAAAAUAUCAGAACUUGAUUGGAAAUUUAUUUGUACAAAAUUACUGAAAAUUUAUGCUUACAUGAAGUCUGAUUGCGAGAUAUUGAUUAUGUAUGAGGAGAAGGAUAUCAUAGCAGAGACGAAUGAAACAACCGAUGAAGUAGUAGAGGAAACAGUUGUUGAUGAGCCAAAAGCACAAGAGUCACUGAGAAGAUUUAAACGAAAGAGAUAUGAUCUAGGAGUUCCUCUGUAA